AUGGAUGUCUAUGGUACGGCAGUGACGGCCAUUACCCAAGUCUACCAGGUAACCGUCUUCAUCCAAGGCGUCAUCUCCGACAUCAAAGCCUUUGACGACGACCGGGCCGAGAUCCGGCUGAAGCUCAAUGUGCAACUCUCCACCCUGCUCUUCUUCAAACGCACCUUCUUCCACCCCGAGCAUGGCCUCCUGCUCCCGGGAAAGGCGGACCCUUUCAUCGCAGACACCGUCGAAGGGCUACUGGUGCAGAUGCGAAAGACUCUCGCCGAGUACGAGCUCGUCGCCGCCAAGUACGGUCUCGUAGACGAGGAGCUCGCCAUCGAGCCUGAAAAGCCUGCCAAGACGCAGGAGUCGCUGCUAGAGCGCGCAAAGAGCAAGGCCCGGUCGCUCAAACUCAAGGGAAUGGCGGAGAGCGAUCACCAGGGACUGAGGAGCAGUGGUCUGGAGCCGGUGAUGAAGCGGCGGACGCUGGCCGAGACCAAGGCGCCGGCUAAUUACCAGAGCCUACCUGGCACGAUCGCCGAAGAAGGCAAGACGACUGGGGGCUUCCGACUGGGGUGCUGGUCUUCCUCGGAGUCUGAGGCGAUGACGGUGAUUGUCGAGUACCACGAGUACGAGAGCAUGCUCAAACGCGACGACCUCGAGCCGGACGAAAUCGAAGAACUCAAAGAACCGAUCCGCAAUCUCGCCUGGCUGCUGCAGAACACAACCUUCACCGGCACGUCCACACCCUCCGACUCGCUCAACCAGCCAAAGAUCUACGCCCUCGAAUGCCUCGGCUUCAUCGACCAACCCACCAACGAGCGCAGCGUCUUCCUCUACAGACUCCCCCCCUCAGAGCCCACCGCAGACGCAACCCUAACAACCCUACACGCCUUCAUCAACGCAGUCGACAGCCAGACCAAACGUCCACUGAAGAAACCCUCCCUGAACGACCGCUUCAGCAUGGCGCACAGCCUCGCCCUGACCCUCUCCAACCUGCACGCCUCGGCCUGGCUCCACAAAAACAUCUGGAGCAGGGGCAUCCUCCUCUUCCUCGAGACCCCCACCGGACCCAGCGCAUCCGGCCUCUACGAGCACCGUCUCAGCCAUUCGGCCCUCACCCCAGGCGACACGCCCAGAAUCGUCUCCUACCUCAGCGACUGGGGCUACGCGCGCUCGGUGCAGCAAGGCACAGACAUGCGCUCCGACUUCGAGGUCGAGCCGAAUCUCUACCGGCAUCCGAGCCGGCAGGGCCGGCCGACGCAGCAGUUCAGUCGCGAGCACGAUAUCUACGCGCUUGGGGUGGUCUUACUUGAGAUCGGGCUGUGGGUGACGCUGUCGCGACUGAUGGAGGGGAAGAUCCGCGAGGCGGAGAAGAGCGGGCGGCUGCCGCGGCCGAAGAAGGUGCUUGAGGAUCUGAUUGCGCUGGCGCAGCAGGGGUUGCCGAAGGAGAUGGGGGCGGGGUAUACGAGGGCUGUGCUGGCCUGUCUGCGGGGGGAGUUUCGGGGACGUGAGGGGCCGGCGUUGGCGGUGGAUUUUCAGGAGAAGGUUGUGGAUGUUCUUGCUGGGGGGGUUGAGGUGUAG